AUGUGUGUGGUGUUGUUGUCGUUGACUACGUCGUGGGGACCAGUAGGUCGCUCGACCAGUUCCAGCGGAGUACCACCACAUUCCCUGUUGACCGUCAUCAUCCCAUCCGAUCGAACUUCUUCCUCUUCAAACAUCUCGGCAACCGAUAAGAACACUCAGGUUCAUCCUAUCAGCAAUCACGGAUCCCAUCGCAUCGAUAAUCCAGGAAUGCUGCUAGAUAUCACUCGAAAGCUUCUCACACGCUCUGAACGUGUGAAAAGUGUUGACUUCCAUCCCACGGAACCAUGGCUCUUGGCUGGGCUAUACUCUGGAAAGGUUUUUGUCUGGCACACUGAGACAGGCGCACUUUUAAAAACAUUCACACCCACCGAGGUUCCAGUGCGAUGUGCUCGCUUUAUUGCUCGCAAAAAUUGGUUUGUUUGUGGAUCAGACGAUUUCCAUCUCCGCGUAUUCAAUUACAACACAUCUGCCCGUGUCGCUGCAUUUGAGGCCCAUCCGGAUUACAUCCGUUGCUUGGCUGUUCAUCCUACCCAGCCGUUGGUCUUGACGGGGAGUGAUGACAUGACGAUCAAACUAUGGGAUUGGGAUAAAUCCUGGAAAUGCCUUCAGGUUUUUGAAGGACACACUCAUUACAUCAUGAAUUUGGCGUUUAACCCGAAGGAUUCCAACACUUUUGCAUCCUCCUGUCUAGAUCGCACUGUGAAGGUCUGGUCGCUGGGAUCUCACACUGCUAACUUCACCCUCGAUGCACACGAGAAAGGUGUCAAUUAUGUUGAAUACUAUCAUGGUGGAGACAAACCUUAUCUAGUGACUACUGGGGAUGAUCGGCUCAUUAAAAUUUGGGACUAUCUCUCUAAAUCCUGUAUACAAACCCUAGAAGGUCAUCAAUCCAACGUUUCCUACGCUAUUUUUCACCCCUCGCUGCCAAUCAUUAUUUCGGGCUCCGAAGAUGGCACAGUCAAGAUCUGGCAUUCCUCAACUUAUCGACUUGAAAACACUCUGAAUUAUGGAUUGGAGCGAGCCUGGUGUGUCACUUACGGCAAAAAGGGAAACGAUAUUGGCUUGGGAUUUGAUGAAGGCUCGGUGGUAGUCAAACUCGGACGAGAAGAACCUACCAUCAGCAUGGACGUUGGUGGCAAAAUAGUCUUCACCAGGAACGCAGAAGUCUUAACUUGCAAUGUCGCAGCUGCUCAAGAUCUUGAAAUCCCUGAUGGACAGAAGUUGAACAUACAAGUCCGUGAGCUUGGAACCACCGAGGUGUUUGCUCAAACGCUCCAGCAUUCACCGAAUGGCCGAUUUGUGACGGUGUGCGGAGACGGCGAGUACAUCAUCUAUACGGCUCUGGCGUGGCGAAAUAAGGCGUUCGGUACCGGUCUCAGCUUCGCAUGGGCAGCUGAUUCAAAUACAUAUGCGGUCAGAGAAACUGCAAUGAAAUUGAAGGUUUUCAAGAACUUCAAGGAAAAUGUCGAUCUUAUCCGGACGGGGUAUGCUAUGGAGGGUCUCUUCGGGGGAGCACUGUUGUGUGUCAAGGGCAGCGGGUUCGUCUGCUUUUACGAUUGGGAAUCGGGUUCACUGGUUCGAAGGAUCGAAGUAGAAGCUCGGGAUGUGUUUUGGUCGGCAUCAGGAGAACAUGUGGCGAUAGCCGGCGAAGAAUCACUGUACAUUUUGAAGUUUGACCAACAAGCAUACUCAGACUUCUUGGCAGAGGGCGGUGAACUAGGAGACGAGGGAGUGGAAUCAGCGUUCGACCUUUUGCAUGAAUUGCCUGAAGUUGUCCAGACUGGAAAAUGGGUUGGAGAUUGUUUAAUAUACACCAACACGGCAAACCGCUUGAACUACGUUAUUGGAGGGCAAACUCAUACACUCAGUCACUUCGAUCAACAAAUGUUCUUGCUGGGCUAUCUCCCGAACUACAACCGGAUUUAUCUCUGCGAUAAGGAUUGCGGGAUCUUUUCAUUUUCACUCGCUCUGUCGGUAGUUGAGUACCAGACAGCAAUCAUGCAUGGAGACUUGGAUUCGGCCGCCGGACUAUUAGAGAAAGUGCCUCAAGACCAGCGCAAUCGGAUCGCCAGAUUUUUAGAAAGUCAAGAUUUGAAAGAGUUGGCUCUGUCGGUAUCGACGGAUAUCGAUCAUCGAUUCGAGCUAGCCACUCAAUUAGAUGACUUGGAUACCGCCUUGGAGAUCACCAAAUCUGCACCUUAUCCAGAGUCCCAAAGUAAAUGGAGAGUAAUUGCGGAAAAGGCUCUGGCUAGCUGGAAGAUCGAAUUGGCAGAAGAGUCGUUCCUUAAAGCAGGAGAUUUGAGCGCUCUGUUGCUAAUUUACUCUUCCACCGGUGAUCGUGAUGGAUUAAGUCGAUUGGCUCACCUUGCUACCGUCGCGGGUCAGAAUAACAUUGCCUUCUCAUGUCAACUUCAGCUCGGUGCCCCAGAGGAGUGUGUAGAUAUUCUUCUAUCGACUGAACGCUUACCAGAAGCCGCGUUAUUUGCAAGGACAUAUGCACCUAGUCAAGUACCCAAGGCGGUUGAACGGUGGAAGGGUAGCCUAGAGGAAUCGGGUAAAACGAAGAUCGCAAUGAAAAUCGCCAAUCCUGAAGAACAUUCCGAUUUAUUUGACGAAGGAUGGGCUGAGGCUUUGGAACGCGAGAAAGAAGUUGCGAAAGGCGUCGAUAUCAACGCUGUUGUUUCUGAUGUGGCAUCCAUGAAGCUCGCCGAAAAACCUACAUCUGCGGCGGAAGAGCCUGAGAGCGCUUCGCCAGAGGAAGAGACUGAAGAGGCUGAGGAGACCGAAGAAACCGAAGAUCCCGCAACGAAAUAA